AUGAUGCUGAGUCCAGACCAAGCCGCCGACUCGGACCACCCCAGUUCGGCGCCCUCGGACCCGGAGUCGCUGGGUGGCGCGGACGCCAAGGUGCUGGGCAGCGUGUCGGACCUGGAGCCGGUGGAGGAGGCCGAAGGCGACGGCAAGGGCGGCAGCCGGGCCGCGCUCUACCCGCACCCGCAGCAGCUGAGCCGCGAGGAGAAGCGCCGCCGCCGGCGCGCCACGGCCAAGUACCGCUCGGCCCACGCCACCCGCGAGCGCAUCCGCGUGGAGGCCUUCAACCUGGCCUUCGCCGAGCUCCGCAAACUGCUGCCCACGCUGCCCCCGGACAAGAAGCUGUCCAAGAUCGAGAUCCUGCGCCUGGCCAUCUGCUACAUCUCCUAUCUCAACCACGUCCUGGACGUGUAG